ACGAAUGGCUAACAGAGCAAUCAGUAGCUUAUCCCCAAGCCAAUGGCCAGGCGAAAUUGGCGAACAAAGCAAUCUUACACGGUCUACACACCCCCAUCGAUGAGGCGAAAGGCAAUUGGGCGGACGAACUACAUACAGUGCUGUGGGCGCACCGCACCACGUUCAAGAUAACCACGGGUGAAAACCCCUUUUGCGCUCACAUACGGCACAGACGUGGUCAUCCCCAUCGAGACGGCUGCACCCACUUAUCGGAUCACAAUGUACGAUGAAGAGAGCAAUGAUGAAGCGUGCCUGCUGGACUUGGAGUUGGCACACGAACGACGAGAAUUGACAACCAUCAAGCUAGCCGCAACUAAGGAGCAGGUAGCAAAAUACAACAACGCGAAGCUGGUUCCCCACAAGCUGAUUCUCGGAGACCAAGUCCUGAGGCAGAACUUCUGUCCCGACCCCAAACACAGAAAGCUCGCAUCCACAUGGGAAGGUCCAUACCUAAUUCGCGAGGUCGUCGGCGCCAACACGUUCAACCUUUGCGAAUUGGCGGCGCAAAAAUUCCAAGUCAUGGAACGCACAGAACCUUAGGAAACAUUGCCGACCUACCUGAUGUAUAACUUAUCUACUAGCGUGAGUUUGAAAUGAUAACAAUAUUUCCUUUGCGCAAGAGAUAGAUACAAAGUUCGGUGGAACAUGAAAAGCGCUAGUCAUGAAUUACGCGCGAAAAACACGACAAUGGUUCGCGACUCUCGCCAUCACGCACCGUGCGAAAGAUAGAUAUAAAGUUUACAGAACACGAAAAGCGUUAAUCAUGAAUUACGCGUGAAAAGAAAAUUUUGGAUUCUCUUUGAUAGGGAACAACCAACCCGUCAAAAACAACAAACGUGAACAUGAUUC